AUGGCCGAGCAUCAGCCCACGAGGAGCAGAAACAACAACCGAAAAUGCUUCUUAUUGACUCCGAUCCUCUCGCAUGUAGCAAUGUAUUUGAUGUGUGUGGUAGUGAUCACCACUUUGAAACUAAUUGAUGCUGCUCGACCGAGUAGUAAUAGCAUUGUUCAAACAUCUUCCUAUCAAGUUUCCAAAUUGUACAGUGUAAAUAAUCCUCACUCUAAUAGAACCUAUCAUGCAGCUGUUGUGGAUUUUGCUCCUGUUUCCUUUCCUUUUCAAUUUCCACAAUUAAAUUCCGAAAUUGCCAGAAAAAUUUUAAAACCCAAUUUGGAUGAAUUUGAGAAAAUUAUUUUUGAAAUGAUGAGUAAUCAUUCAACAAGUUUUGAUCGUCCAGACAUUAUAGUAUUUCCAGAGUAUGCACUUUUUGGACCUGGAUUGACCGAUAGAGAGAAAUUACGACUAUUCUUUGAACCCAUUCCAAAUGAUUUACCAUUUACAAAUAUUUGUGAUUCCGCCAAUGAUCAAUUCUACAUUCUAAAAAGAAUGAGCUGUUUAUCUUCCAAAUAUGGAGUCUAUAUUGUAUUCAAUAUGGGGGAUGUUCAAAAUUGCAAUGUCACAACCAAUAAGAAAUGUCCAGUUGAUGGAAUGUUUUUAUUUAACACAAAUGUAGUUUUUGAUAGAAAGGGAAAUCUCAUCACAAAAUAUCAUAAAACGCAUUUAUACUUUGAGGAUGGUAUUGAUCCAGGAGAUGGCAAACCUGUUUAUUUCACAACAGACUUUGGUAUCAAAUUCGGAUUACUCAUUUGUUUUGAUAUUGUCUUUGAGGAACCUCUUCAUUCAUUGCUGAAUGAUAUUAAGGUCGAUGCCAUUGCAUUCACAAGUUGGUGGGUGAAUUUUCCACCUUAUUGGAAUGGACUUGCAUUUCAACAAGCUCUUUCUUAUUCAUAUAGAACUAACAUGAUUGCAUCUUCAAGUGGUGCGUCUUACACGUCUUCUGGAAGUGGUAUUCACAUGAAGGGAAAAUCUAUUGGAGUUUAUAAUCCAAGCUUGAAAGGACAUUCACAAACAGUCUUUGCUCAAGGAACUACUACUAGUUCUUCAAAACGCAGACAUGCGGCCAAUGUUGAACCCAUAGUGCAAGACAUGCGAAUGAUUUUCGAUGAGUCUAAUCCUCAACACAUAUUGACAAGUUUCACAUUUACUGAUCCCAAUCACUCGAACUAUUCUACCAUCAUUCCAUUCAUUCCCGUCAGAGGGAAGAGUUAUGACUUUGCCAAUAUUGUGGCAGGAUCGACCAGUUGUAAUUUCAAGUUUACCAUUUCUCCAUUUUCGAACAUUUCUGAAAACGAUUCUAAUAAUUAUUUUGCGAUGGUUGUGACCGAUGGCCAAGUUUUCAAACCAAAAUUUGAACAAGCCAGUUGUUCUGUCAUGAAAUGUGGAUCCUAUCUUAAUUGUUUUAUUUUCUUGGAAUGGAAGUUAUUAGUGAAAGACACACAAGUUGUAUUAUCUGACUUGACAAUUGAAAUGAAAUCGUUAGUCACGAAUGAGUGGAGAGACGACGUGUUUCCAAUGUUAUUGGGAGAUGAAGGAAAUUUAUUCAUUGGAGAUUUAAAAGAAUCAAGCUUUUUUAAAACCAACGCUGUAUUGAAUAUGGAAACAGGCAAGACACCUGCUUAUGUGAGCAUGAAAAAUGUGGAAACCAAGUUUUUAGGUGCAACACUACUCUCGUUAAAAAGAAGAAAAUAA